GAGCCAUCAGUAUUGGCGUUGUGGGUGCUCUAAAAGUAUUAAUUAACUAUGUAAUUGUCUUACACAGAUUUUUAGAGCUUGUAGUUAUUGAACGAAAUUUCCCAAGAUUUAAAGAAGGAAGUGGACUCGUUUACAAUUGUGAUACAGAAUGAAUCAACCUUGGCAAAUGUCGUCAAUGGAUCCCGACGUGGUGGAGAUCCCCCCUCCUCCAAUAGCUUCGGGUUCGAGAACUCGAAAACCCAGACAGGCUGUAAUUGCUGAAGUGAUUGAUGUGGAACAAUACGAGUUCCGCAAUAAUGUUGCUGAUAAGAAGAACAAAGGAAAAGCUAUACGACAUAUAUCUUCUUCUUAUGAUCAUAACCCAUUUAGUCAUCUAGCUAGUAGUGAAGCUGUGCCGACGGAGCUUGAUGACUACGCAAUGUUUCAAGCCAUCCUAAAUUCUCAGGAUAUCCCAACUGAUGUAGAAGUGGUGAUGCCUACUCAACCUAGGUCUCCUUAUACAAUUAUGGCGCCAUAUCUUCCUUCAGGACCUUUCAAAGUUGAUGAUUGUGCUAGUAGCUCUUCUCGCCCUAUAGCGGCUGAGGUUAUUCCUUCAGCUCAGGCUAAUUAUCUGCGAGACUUUAAAAGAUUUGACACUGUUGAUGAUUUCUCGGAUCAUCACUUUGCUUCCCAAGGAAAAGCUUCAAAGCAGCAUGCAAAGGGUUGGGUGAAAAAGGUUCAAUCAGAUUGGAAGAUUCUUGAGAAUGACUUGCCAGAGACGAUAUUUGUCCGAGCCUGUGAGUCAAGAAUGGAUCUUUUGAGAGCUGUAAUUAUUGGAGCCGAAGGAACUCCUUACCAUGACGGUCUUUUAUUUUUCGAUAUUCAGUUCUCAGACACCUAUCCUUCAGCGCCACCUAAAGUUCAUUACCAUUCCGGUGGGCUUAGAAUAAACCCGAAUCUAUACAAUUGUGGUAGAGUAUGCUUAAGUCUUCUCGGUACCUGGACUGGUGACACGAGGGAGAGUUGGAUUCCAGAGGAGUCCACAAUGUUACAACUUCUUGUCUCCAUCCAAGCACUCAUCUUGAAUCAAAAACCAUACUUUAACGAACCUGGCUACGAGCAGAGCAUGGGGACUCAAUCAGGCGAGCUUCUUUCUGAAGCUUACAGUGAGAAUGUAUUCAUGUUGUCGUUAAAGACCAUGGUUUACAGUAUGAGAAAACCACCCAAGCACUUUGAAGAGUUUGUUCGUAGCCAUUACUUCAUGCGGGCUCACCACAUUGUGAAAGCCUGCAAUGCUUAUACAAACGGAGCUCCUCUUGGAUCUAUGGUUAAAGGUGGUUUCCAAGAUGUUUCAGAAACUAGCAGGAAGGGCUCAGACAAGUUUAGGGCCGAAGUAGCUUGCUUUAUGAAGACAGUGGUGGAUGAGUUCGUCAAAUUAGGAGUCAAAGAGCUUCAAGAAAAGCAGAAACCAUAAGAGCAGCAGAUUAUCGCUUUGAAAGCCAAAGCCACCGUUGUUUUAUGUUUUAUAUCCAUCUAAAGUUAAAGAGGGGAUGGAUAGUCUUUGUUGCUUUCCACAAAUUUCUUAGUAGUAGUUAUGAAA